GCAGGCAAUGUUGGGAAUCGUCCUUUCGACAUGGAUGGCGAUGGUGGCGGUGGCAGCUCCACCAGCCCUGGAAUGCGGGAAACAAACGAUACGAAACGGGCGUAUUGUAGGAGGAGACGAAGCCUUUGACGGUGAAUUUCCCUUUUUGGUAUCCAUUCGCCUAGGAGGUAGCAUGUUCGGUCAGCAUCAUUGUGGAGGGGUCAUCCUCAAAAAGUUAUGGGUACUGACGGCCGCUCACUGCGUUACCAGCUAUUCGGCCAGGCAUUUCACUGUACGAGUGGGUGAAUACGAUCUCACCAAACCAGAGACGGGCCACACGGAGACUGACUACUCAGUGGAGAAGAUCACCCUGCACCCGAACCUGUACCGUCCGAAGCGUUACAACAACGACAUCGCUCUGCUCAAGCUCCACAAACCCAUCGAGUACGACAGUUACGUCUGGCCCACCUGUUUGCCUGAGAGCGAAGAUGACUUUUCUGGACAGGAGGGGAUAGUUAUGGGUUGGGGUUUCGUCAAAGAGAACGGUAAAAGUCGCGCCAGUAUCCUGCAAAAAGCCCAAGUUCCAGUAAUGAACCGAACUCAGUGUCAAGAACUUUACAAUGAAGCCAAAAAGAAAAUAAGAUUUGAAAAAGGGCAAAUAUGUGCCGGUUACAGAGAGGGAAAAACAGAUUCUUGUCAGGGCGAUUCUGGUGGUCCUUUGGUGGUACGUCAAAACGGCCGGUUCACUGUCAUAGGGGUUGUAUCAGCUGGUAUUGGAUGCGCCCGCCCCUUGCUACCCGGCAUAUACACCCACGUCCCAUCCCAUAUGUCCUGGAUAACUGAAACAAUAGAAUCUUGAUAACCUGGACUCCACAAACAUCAACAUUUUAGAAUAUUUUACUUCGCUCUUUGCAUUCCCAUCUAGUCGGCGCAAAGUGGUUAACAUUAACUGAAAAGAACUGUCCUCAGCAUGGACGAUUUUGUUCUUUUGUGGGAAAAAAAAUGUGUCAGUUUUGAAGACGAAGAACUGAGAUAAAAAUAUCUGUUUCAAGAAAGUGUACGGGAUCAGUUCCUUGUUAUUGAU